AUGGGGCUGCGGCCAAUGGACUUGUGGAAGGAGAUGGUCAAGUCAAAUAAAAUGCCCACGGACAAAGAUGCGAAGUUGCGGUACAAUGCAGAGCGUCUUGUCUGUUCUGCCAUUGUUCAGGAGUAUCAUGUGAUGAUCCAAGAAGGGCUGGAAUUCUCCUACGUGACCAACGGGAUUGCUCGAGUUCUUCUUCGUGUUCCGCGAAACAAUCCUGGCACGCUCUACUACUUUCUAUGUGAUCCAAAUAGCGAAGUGGAUAUGGAAAUGGAAGCUACCCUUGAAAAUACAUCUGUCGCAAGAACACUGUCUUUGUGUCUGAUGGCAUUCCGCUCGCCUGUGCGAGGUCAGGAGUGGAGGAAUUCCGUACGACCAGACAUUCCUAUAUGGAAGACCAGUUUCGAUCACACUCGCUCUCACAUUCCCGAAGACGAAUUCCGGCAACUUCCUCUCAACUCCGACAGUACCGCGCCCGAAUUUCCAAGCCCAGAUUCUGGUUCGACCUAUGAACCAUCGUCAUCACCGCCAGAUCCCCCCGAAUUAAUAGCUCGUCAAGUGUCUACUAGAUCUCGAGUUAGCUGUGCCCCAUCCGAUGUGAGGCAUCGCUCACAGUCGUCCCAAUCUCCCGACCCCGAUUCCAACCCAGCAACGCGCCGCAAACGAACCUUCAGUCAAGUUCCGUCUUCUCCAUCUGCCCAACGCGUAGCUCGACAAAGAGAGACAAUCGAUGAUAGGGGCACAGACAGCCAGUCCCGCCAUCGCGAUGCGCAAUUUUGCACCCAGAGAUGCUUACUCGGGUUGCAGACUGGCGGUCUUCUAGACGACUGUUGUCCAAAUGUGAUGCUCCAUCGUCGAAGCAAAGAUGAUCAGCAGCAUCCGAUUACUUCAGAAGACUUGGUCCGUCUACUCAAAGCACAAUUGGACGAAAACAUUGACCGAUGCACACCCCUUGGAGGAUGCGGGGCAUACGGUGCGCCGUUCAAACUUACUUGUAUCACAUAUGGCUACACUGUCGUCGGAAAAGGGACCACAUCUAGGCUGUGGCAAGAAGUCUCCCGCGAAGCGCGCGAAGCGGAGGUAUACCGAAUUUUGCACAAGGCACAAGGGUCCGCUGUUCCUGUUUUCUUGGGUACAAUCGACUUGGCGAAAAUUUAUUUCCUUCACGGUGCUGGAGAGAUUCGCCAUAUGCUCGUGAUGGGCUGGGGAGGCGAAAGUGCAGCGUUGAUGGAGCUCACGCCUGGGCUCCUCCAUGAGAUUCACAGAUCGAACAGAGAAAUCAAAACUUUGGGAAUCAUCCACGAAGACCUUCGGCGUGAUAACGUUCUGUGGAAUGAAGAGCUUGGGCGGGCGUUGAUCAUCGACUUUCACCGCUGCACGCUGAAAUCUCGACCGACAUUGCAGCGGCCGCGAGUCUCAAAACGUCGACUACGUCAACCAGAGAUAGUUGACGCAAAACGUCUUCGUGUGAAAUGA